ACUGUAUGUAUAAAACCAGGACGGUUAUUGUUCUAAGAAUUCUGGCUGAUAUUAAUAACGUCGAGUUUUGUAAAGCUACCCUUUAGCAGUGCUUUUAAACUUUGUCUGGACGAGAGAGGAAACCAAGCACCCGGCUUGAAAUUCAAAGUGAAGGAUGUUGCUAGUAACGCCAACACGUAACGUUACCGUGUUAAGUAAAUCGUUCAUCAUGAGUCUAAGAGAAAUCAACGAGAACGUGAAGCUGGCCCGCGAAUACGCCUUGCUGGGAAACUACAGCUCGGCCAGUGUUCUCUAUCAUGGAUUACUAGAUCAAAUCAAAAAGUAUGUGUACACUGUGCGGGACAGCAGUGUUCAGCAGAGAUGGCAGCAGUUGUGGCAAGAAAUCAGUGAAGAGAAUCGGCAAGUUCAGGACAUAAUGUCGACUCUGGAGAACUUUCAGCUGGACACGACGCCUGCUAAACCCAGUAACCAUGAUGACUGUGAGAUAAGGCCUGGGCAUGUGGAACAGAGACAUUCUCCUUGUCCUGUCAGGCGGCCUGCUAACCCCUAUAAAGACAGCAAACCUCCCAACAACAGGCUGAGCGUGGCUGUGAGGGCUCAGCAGAGGCACUCGUCUCGCGGGGCCAAUGGGGACAGGAGCAAACUAUCCAAGGGCAAAGAAAAGAAGGAGUCCAAAGAGCCGAAGGAGGCCGCCGGCAAAGCAAAGGAUGAUAAGAACAAAGCAGAUGUCCAGGAGAAAGAAGUGAAAAAGUUUGACGGGACAGGAUAUGAUAAAGACCUCGUGGAAGCUUUGGAGAGAGAUAUUAUAUCUGAGAAUCCAAAUGUUAAAUGGGACAACAUUGCAGACUUGGAAGAUGCAAAAAAACUCCUGAAAGAAGCGGUUGUGUUGCCGAUGUGGAUGCCAGCAUUUUUCAAAGGCAUACGAAGACCAUGGAAGGGAGUGCUUAUGGUGGGACCUCCAGGCACGGGGAAAACACUUUUGGCUAAAGCAGUUGCUACCGAGUGCAGAACCACAUUCUUCAACGUCUCCUCAUCUACUCUCACCUCCAAGUACAGAGGGGAGUCUGAGAAGCUAGUUCGACUUCUCUUUGAAAUGGUAAGACUUCAGAUGUACAGCCAAAUUUGGAAUUGUUCCAGCUCUGCUCCACUCACGGUUGCAUUUGUGUCUGCAGCGGAAGGGCGAGUAGAGCUGCUCCGGAUCAACCUGAAGGAGCUGGAGGUGGCCAGCGACGUGGACUUGGACAAGAUCUCGGAGCAGAUGGACGGUUACUCAGGAGCCGACAUUACCAAUGUGUGCAGGGAUGCCUCUCUGAUGGCCAUGAGGCGAAGAAUUGAGGGCCUCACCCCGGAGGAGAUCCGUAACAUUUCCCGGGACGAGAUGCACAUGCCCACCACCAUGGAGGACUUUGAGUCUUCUCUGAAGAAAGUGUCCAAAUCUGUGUCCAAAUCUGACCUGGAGAAGUACGAAAAGUGGAUCGAAGAGUUUGGGUCCUGCUGAAAACCACCAUCACCCGAGUCCUUUUUAUCCAAAUAUUUAACUUUUGUUGUGGGGUAACGCCGAGUUGAAGUACUGUGUGUGUGUGUGUGUGGCUGUGGCUGUGGCAUUCCACUGAUAUUGAAGAGUAAGCUUAUACUUGAGGUAAAUAUGUGCACCUCUUCCUCUUGUACAUUAUGUUAAUGUUACACAGACGUCUUAAUCUGAAAAGGUGACUCGAGUCAACUUGAUGUGGGAAAAUAGUUUGUUUGUCGCAAAUUGGGACAUCAAUUAUGAUAACUUCAACUCUAGCUGGGAGAGAAACUGACAAAUGUGAGGACCCAAAGUUUCCUGCAACACACUGACAGAAGAGUUCAUUACUGCAACUUUGCUUUCCCAAUUGUCAUUAUAUUCUGCCUUGUACCUGACCGUGACAUACUAAGCUAACUGCCAAUCAAAUGUUACUCCUGUUUGGUUUUUAGUUUUGUCCUUUUUUUUUUGCACUUGAUUUUAUUUAGAACUGUGGUUCUUUCACAUUUUUGUAGAUGACACUAACAAGAUAUAUAAUUAAAGUUAACAAUGAUUAUGGAUAUUAA